GAUUCAAUUUAAUUUUUAAGGAUGGGUUGUGCUAGUAGUGACCAGAAACAUCACAAAGACUCCAGAGAGCAUGACCAUUAUAAUUCAUCAAACUCUAACACAUCUCAUGUGAAAAGAAAUCACAGGAAGCAAAACAAUCAAGAUGAAAACAUUGUUAUUGCUCAAUAUGACUUCCAGCCUGCUAGUGACAGUGAUCUUCAGUUCAAAAAAGGUGACAGACUCAAGAUUAUUAAUGAGACUGGGGAAUGGUGGUUGGCGAAAUCCUUGAUCACUGGUUAUGAGGGAUUUAUUCCAUCUGCGUAUGUGGCAAGAGUACACACACUGGAGGUGGAAAGAUGGUUUUUCAAGGACUUGAGUCGCAGAGACACAGAGCGUCUUCUUCUGGCACCAGGAAACAAACCUGGCUCAUUUCUUGUGAGAGAAAGUGAAACAACCAAAGGUGCUUUCUCUCUGUCUGUAAGAGACUCCACCCCAGAGCAAUGUGAUGUAGUCAAGCAUUAUAAGAUCCGAGCCCUUGAUAAUGGUGGUUACUACAUCUCUCCCUCCACAACCUUUCCAUCUCUUCAAGAACUAGUGAACUAUUACUCCAGGACAGAUGAUGGUUUGUGUCAGAGGCUAGGAAGUCCCUGUAAAACGGGUGCCCCUCAGAGACCCUGGGCUCAAGAUGAGUGGGAGAUUCCCAGAGAGACUCUGAAGAUGGUGAAAAAACUUGGUGCCGGCCAGUUUGGAGAAGUAUGGAUGGGGUAUUACAAAAACAACCAGAAAGUCGCCAUCAAGACUCUGAAGGAAGGCACCAUGGAGCCAGAGGCAUUCCUACAGGAGGCUAACCUGAUGAAACAGCUCCAGCAUGAUAGACUGGUGAAACUUCAUGCUGUAGUCACUAAAGAACCCAUCUAUAUCGUCACAGAAUACAUGGCUAAUGGAAGCUUGUUAGACUUUCUGAAGACGGAUGAUGGCCAUAAAUUAAAACUUCCCAAGCUGAUUGAUAUGGCUGCACAAAUUUCAGAAGGAAUGGCUUUCAUAGAAAGGAAAAAUUACAUUCACAGAGACCUGCGUGCCGCUAAUAUUCUAGUCUCUGACACCCUGCACUGUAAGAUUGCAGACUUUGGCCUUGCCAGGAUCAUAGAAUCUGAAUACACUGCACAAGAAGGUGCAAAGUUCCCAAUUAAAUGGACGGCCCCUGAGGCCAUCAACUUCGGUACUUUCACCAUCAAGUCAGACGUGUGGUCCUUUGGAAUUCUUUUGACAGAGAUUGUCACAUACGGCAGAGUGCCAUAUCCAGGCAUGACAAAUCCAGAGGUGAUCAGCAACCUUGACAGGGACUACAGGAUGCCGUGUCCAGAUGGAUGUCCAGAAGAGCUCUAUGACAUCAUGCUGAAGUGCUGGAAGGAAAGGCCAGAGGACAGACCCACCUUUGAUCACCUACAGGAUAUACUCAAUGACUUCUUCAUUGCUACUGAGGGCCAGUACGAGAUGCAACCAUAACCUCAAUGCAGAACCAAAAAAUGAACUGAAAAGAGGAUGUAUAAAAACAUACGGAAUGAAAGGAUGGACUAAACUCCGGACAAAAAUAUGGAGUAUGGGGAAAAGCAACAAUAAUGCAUCCUUGUAUAUGAGUUCAUAUUUUUUUGACACUUACUGUGUCACUUUUGUCAAGGUUUAGUGAAUUUCUAUAAUUUGUUUUGUCUUGUGGGCUUCUUAGGGUAUUUCAUAAUUAUUUAAAGGUGAAGCGUGUACUUUUUUCAAUAAGAUAAUUUCUUCUAUCGCAGCUUAAUAUGCAGACAGCUGUGUGCAUUCCAUUUGUGUGAUUGCUCGGAAACACAUGGUGCUGUCAGAACAUUGCUUGGUUAGUUUGAACAUUUGACCAGCCCAGCACAACAUCAUUGACCUAACCAAUUUUAUGAGAUUGGGGUGGAGCAAUCUGUUUAUCCAACCUAUUGGAAGACAGGGUGAGUGUUUUCCCAGUCAUUAUUUAUGCAAUUCAAUCAUUACACACUUAAAUUCUCCUAUAAAGCUUUUGGAAAAUGUAGAUAUUAGGGAUGUGCACGAAUAGUCGAACAUUCGAAUAUUCGUUCUGUAAUUAUUAUUCGAACAAUAAAAACACUAUUCGAAUUUUA